UAGAAGCAAGCUAGAUGGGCGCGAUUUCCGGUUUUACAGCAGCUUACCAAUUCACUUCAUUUCCUCGCCCAGGUUUCAAAGUUGAGACUGGAGAGCACGAUGCAGGCAAAUUAACGCCGAAUGCCUUUCGUCACCUUCCUGGCUCCCGCUCUCCCGCUCUCCCGCUCUCCUCGAGUGCAUACCUACUUGGUGCUCUUCCAGUAACCCUAAUGGCAGUUUCUCUUGAAGAAAAAGGUGGAUAGAGCUGAUUUUGAGGCCGAGGUCCGGAUCUUGGGUGUUUUGGUGUUAACGAAUAAGUUAUCGUUGCGGAUUGUAGCUUGGAGUGGUGGAGCGGUAAAUGGAGCGAAAUUUUAGGGCACCGGAGCCGCGGGGGAUUGUGGGAAGGGUAGUCAAGGAUAGAGAAGAGGAGCUCACCCUGUUCACUGAGAUGCGGAAACGAGAGAAGGAAAAGAUCAACCUUCUUCUCCAGAAAUCGGACGAACUUGACCCGUCAAUGGAGUCUGUGCCUGGGGGCUCUCCAAUUUUCAAAAUGCUACAGUCUACUGUGCGCAGAACGACAGUUGAUGAAUUUCUGAACUCGGACUGUGAGAAGAGCGAUUAUGACUGGCUUCUCACACCGCCAGGCACUCCACUUUUUCCAUGUCUGCAGGAGUCUCACAGAUCUCCUGUAGGGUAUAAUGAUACUCCAAAAGGUUAUCCCACUCUGAUAAACUCUAGGUUAGCUAAUCCCGCAGAUCAUUCUUCAAAAACUAUAGCACCAUCCAGACAGAUGGCCCCCUCUGUUAGUUUAAACUCUUCAUUCUCUGGAAUGGGAAGGCCAUCCUCAUCUGUAGGCUCUGCUUCCAGGCCUGCAACCCUAAAUGGACGCCCAACUGUUGGGAAAAUACCCAGAUCUUCAACUCCCACUUCCCGUUCUACAUUACCCUCAAAAUCAGUGGUCUCCCAACCAAGACCAUCCACCCCAGGUCGAUCUUCUACACUCACCAGGUCUUCCAUACCAUCAGCCAACAAGCCUGCAUCAAGGUCUGAUACUCCAAUUAGGCGGUCAUCCAUCCCAUCUAGCCUACAUGCUUCUUCAGCUCCUGUUAAUCGUUCUUCUUCCAUCAUAAAAUUAGGCACUGCAACCAGUUCUAUGACAUCUGGCCCUGCAACUAGUUCAAUUGGCAGGUUAGGUCCCACCAAUUCUAUCGCAAGAUCAGUUCUGCCAGCCAGUUCUAUACUGAAAUCAGGCCCAAACUCAUCAAAAACUGUAGCUCCAUCACGAGGAAACUCUCCAACAGUGAGACCAGCACCUUGGAAACCAUCUGAAAUGCCCGGGUUUUCAUUUGAUGCACCUCCUAAUCUGAGGACCACAAUGCCUGAGAGGUCUUCUCCUUCGAGGGGCAGACCUGGCGCACCUAGCUCCAGGUCACCUUCUGUUGAUAAUGGACCCAUUGCAAGGCCUAGGAGGCAGUCCUCCUCGCCAUGUAGAGGGAGGGUCCCUAAAGGGAAUGCUGUGAGCGGUAGCUCUGUUCCUGCAUCAAGCAGGUACAGAAUGAAUGGCUGUGACAACGAGAGCCCGGUUGUCAUAGGAACUAAAAUGGUUGAAAGAGUGGUAAAUUCGAGGAGACUAGCGCCUCCCAAGCAUGAUGAACCACAUUCUUCAGGGAAAUCCUCCCUGUCACCAGAUAGCACUGGCUUUGGGAGAACAUUGUCAAAAAAAUCACUUGAUAUGGCUAUGAGGCAUAUGGAUAUAAGACGGAGCAUUCCUAAUACUCUGCGACCUUUGAUGAGCAACGUUCCAGCUUCAUCUUUGUACAGUGUGAGAUCAGGAUUAACGAUAAGUAGAACAGUUAGUGUCUCUGACUCUCCUAUUGCUACAAGCAGCAAUGCAAGCUCAGAACAGAGUGUCAAUAACAACGUGUUCUGUCACGAUGGAAAUGAAAUUCAAAAUGAGAUUUUCAGUGAGAAAUGUGAGAGGACUUCACCUUCAUUUUUUCUGGCAAGAUAACCUUCAGUUUUCUUUCUUCCUUAAAUUUCAACGUUGUUUAGAAUCUUGUAAUGGCGUUGCUUAGAUGGAAACUAGCAGCAGAGAGAGCAGCUGUCUGGUAUGUUCCCCUUUUCUUGGCCAUGAGAGCAAGGUCCUUGAGCUUUGUUCAACAUUGUAUGUUAGCUGAUUAUUUUCAUUGUUUUUUUUUAUUCAAUCUGCCAUUUGCAUGCUAGUUUGUUAAAUGAAUGUUAGUGUAUGCCUUUUAUGGAAUCAUUGUAAACAUAACGCCUUAUUGCCAGAUGUGUAUUUUGCAGUUUUUUGCUAUGUUUCUGGUUAUGAAUGCAUACAUACCUGCGUUUCAGUGUAA